GUCACAACCAGCAUUUCGAUGGAAGUUUGUUAUUAGGUGAAAAAUCAAUACCGUUGUUUAGCAACUACCAAUUGGUAUACCGAGCCUCCAUAUUGGAAAAUAUACUACAUCUAUAGUUUUCUAUCGUAACAUAAUACAAUAUAGAACUUGAACAGUGUUAAAGACACAGAAAAAGACCAAAAAGAAUAGAUUUAAAAAUGGCCGUACCGUUCAGUAACACAAAGUUAAGAGUGCCACGGGGGUUCCAAAAUCUCCUAGAAGGACUAGCUAGAGAAGUUUUGAGAUCCCAGCCAAAUGACAUUUAUUCGUUUGGAGCGUUAUAUUUCGAAAAUUUGCUGAAUGUCCGUGAGGAAUCUGGCACAGAUCCUGCCCAACAUGGGGCUCAAAUGGAAGAUAGAUUCUACAACAACAAAUCUUUCCAGCAACCCGAUGUUGACCCCAGUGACCCUGAGCAACAGGCAGCAGCAUUGAAAAUCCAGACCAAAUAUAGGCAACACAAUGCAAAACAACAGGUCGAGCAAGUGCGUCAAGAAAAAGCUGCCACAAAGAUUCAGUCAGGAUUUAGAGGUCAUAGAGAUCGUGAAAAGGUUAAGGAACUCAAAGCCAGCUCAGAAUCAGAAAGUAUAAAAGAGGAGGCUAAACCCGAAACACAGGAAGAGGAGGUAGAUAUAGAUUUAAAUGACCCAGAAGUUGGAGCUGCUGCCACCAAAAUACAGGCAGGUUGGCGGGGCUCACAAGCUAGGAAAGAAGUAAAAGCUAAAAAAGAACAAUUAGACCCAGAAGAGGAAAAACCCGCAGAAGCAGAACAGGAGGCUGUGAAAGAAGAAACUUCAAAAGAAGAAGAAGUAGAUAUAGAUUUAAAUGACCCUGAAGUUGGAGCCGCAGCUACAAAAAUACAAGCAGGUUGGAGAGGUGCCCAAGGACGCAAAGAAGCCAAGGAAAAAGCAGCAUCUAAAGCAGAUGAACAAUCUGCUGCAGUAGAAGAGAAUCAACCUGAGACACAAGAUAAACAACCCGAGACACGAGAGGAACAACCUGAGACACAAGAGGAACAAAAACAAGAAACUGCAGCAGUUGAAGAUAAAAAGCCCGAAGAGGAGGAAGUAGACAUUGACUUGAAUGACCCUGAGGUUGAACAGGCAGCUAUUAAGAUUCAAGCUGGUAUGCGUGGUAUGCAAGCAAGGAAAAAGGUACAAGAGAAGAAAGAAGCCACAUCUGAAACUAAAUCUGAUGAGCCUGCAGCUACUGAAGAAGCUAAACCUGAGGAGGCUAAACCAGAAGAGCCUAAAGCCGAAGAGCCUAAAGCAGAGGAAACUAAAGAGGAGGAAGUUGACAUUGAUUUAAAUGAUCCAGAAGUGGCUGAUGCUGCUGCUAAGAUUCAAGCUGGAUUUAGAGGACACAUAGUGCGUAAAGAACUUAAGGAAAAGAAGGAGGCUCAGACCGCAGAUGCAACUCAGGAUAAACCAGAGGAGAGUGCAGAGUAAAUCUUUACAUUAUCUAUUUCAUCCAGUGUUUCUGCAUUAUAAAUAUGACCUAUAUGAGAAUAAUAAUUUGAUGUUAAUCUUAAUGUGGAGAAUCUCAUUAAAUCCUGGCAAAUGAGGUUACAUUCAAGCAGACUAAAUAUUUAUGUUACAUUAACAGUUUUAAUGUAAUGACCCACCUUAAAAUGUAGAGCAGAAACUAGCUUGAAAUUAUUGUUCAUAAUGUUUAAAACUACCCAAGUAUACUUUCACUAAGAUAGUCAAUGUGUAAUUAAGCUUGCCGUUCAAUAUAUAUUUCAUGUUAUAUGGUGGAGUUGCCAGGGAUGUGAUAGAAUUCAUGCCAUAAUAUACUAGAAACCUUAAUAUACCAUUUAAACUAAGAGAGUUUGUCUCAAAUAUUCUAACUUCCAUUACCUACUCUAUUCUAUUACAUUAUAAGUAUUUGUUCCAAUCUUCCUUAACUUUGCCCUCUUUAAUACAUGUAUUAUACAAAAAUCAACAAGUAUAUUUAUUUUAUCACUUUUGUAGUGAGCCCAAUACAUGUGGAGAUUUGAAUAUACUAUGUAAAGUCAUAAUUUUGCUGCUUUAUCCUGUGAUAUGAGGGAAGGAGCAUAAUAAUGUCUCCGAUCCUCUAAUCCAAACGCCUCUUGGACCAUCUAAACAUGUUUGGAUUGGCAGGGGUUCAUAUUAGAAAGGUGUUUGGAUAUACAGGUUCUACUGUACUGCAUUUGCUAUUUUGUACCACUUUUACCAGAUAUUUGUCAAUUUACAUGUACUUGUAGUUUUCACAAUUUUCUGAAAGCUUAUAUCUGAACAUGCUUCUUACAUUGUACAUAGCACAUUAUGUAUACAAACACUAUAUAAGGAAUAAUUCUUUAUGCAAACACAAGUGGAUUAUUAAUACGUUAAAAUGUUAUUUACAAAUCUCUCAUAGAUAAACUGUAGAUACACUUAUUUUGACGCUACUUAAUUUGACGGAUUUCCUCAAUUUCAAAUAUUUUUGGCUAUUUAAUUUGGCAGAUUCAGGUCUAAAGUUUAAUUUUUGCCUAUGAUUAUGUCAUUAGGACAGGUAUUUACUAAGAUAUUUUCUGUAUUUCCUU